AGAACAGUAUCUCAUUUCUAAACGAGACCACAGGAUUGUAGGAGCUUCCCCUUGACGGACUGGCAAAGGGGUGGCUUUUGAAAACAAGCCAAACAGAUAGAUAUCCAUCUUUUAGGAAGACCCUGGACCGUGCCAGUUGAUUCUGACAAUUUUUCAUGAGCAGAGACACCUGGGAGAGAAGAACAGGGAUUGAUUUAAUGGGGAUGUGUUCAAGGCAAGAGCGAAUUCAGAAGGAUAUCGACGUCGUGAUCCAGAAGUCCAGAGCCGAGAAGGACUGCCUGUUUGCAGAUUUCAGGUACUCAGACUCCACCUUUACUUUUACCUACGUCGGCGGCCCCAAAAGUGUAUCCUACUCAGUCCAUGUAUCUGAAGAUUACCCAGAUAAUACAUAUGUGUCAAGUUCUGAAAAUGAUGAAGAUGUACUAGUUACUACAGAGCCAAUUCCAGUAAUUUUUCAUAGAAUAGCAACAGAGUUAAGAAAAACAAAUGACAUUAACUGUUGCUUAUCCAUAAAAUCCAAAUUACAAAAGGAAAAUGGGGAGGAGUCAAGACAGAAUAGUACAGUGGAAGAAGAUUCUGAAGGUGAUAAUGAUUCUGAAGAAUUUUAUUACGGAGGGCAGGUGAACUAUGAUGGAGAACUGCACAAGCACCCUCAGCUGGAAGCAGAUUUGUCAGCAGUAAGAGAGAUAUAUGGGCCACAUGCAGUUUCUCUCAGGGAAUAUGGAGCCAUUGAUGAUGUAGAUAUUGAUCUCCAUAUUGAUGUUAGCUUUCUUGAUGAGGAGAUUGCUGUGGCUUGGGAAGUAAUUCGAACAGAGCCUAUAAUUGUUCGACUACAUUGUUCACUUACACAGUAUUUAAAUGGCCCAGUGCCUACUGUUGAUGUUUUUCAGAUUUCCACAAAAGAACGAUUUGGAUUGGGGCAUCAGCUAAAAAAGAUUAUGCAAACGUUUGUUACACAGCAGUGGAAACAGAGCAAAGAAAAAUCCAAUUGCCUGCACAAUAAAAAGUUGUCAGAGAAGAAAGCAAAGUCUCCCCUGCAUUUAUUUUCUACUUUGCGCAGGUCGCCGAGUUAUCCACCCCCUGGUUGUGGUAAAAGCAAAUCCAAACUGAAAUCUGAGCAAGAUGGAAUCUCCAAAACACAUAAGCUGCUGCGGAGGACUUGUUCCAGCACAGUCAAGACGGAUGACGUGUGUGCCACAAAGUCACACAGGACCUUUGGUCGCUCCCUGUCUAGUGACCCCAGGGCUGAGCAGGCAAUGACAACGAUUAAAUCGCACAAACUCUUGAACCGUCCCUGCCCUGCAACGGUUAAGCCAGAGGAUUGCCUCACUCUUAAGUCACAUAAACUAUUGACUCGAUCUUGUUCUGGAGAUCCUCGCUGUGAGCACAAUACCAACUUGAAGCCCCAUAAACUGUUAAGCAGGUCUUACUCCAGCAAUCUCAGAAUGGAAGAAAUAUAUGGUCUGAAAAAUCACAAGUUGCUCAGCAAGUCCUACUCCAAUGCCCCCAAGUCAUCCAAAACUGAGCUUUUCAAGGAACCUAACGCAGAGGGCAGGAGGCUCUCUCUUACCUCAGGGCUUAUUGGUAUCCUAACACCAUCUUCAUCUUCAUCUUCCCAGCCUGCUCCAAAUGGUGCAAAGUGCAUUCCAAUACGAGACCGUGGCUUCCUAGUGCAGACUAUUGAGUUUGCUGAACAGCGAAUCCCUGUAUUGAAUGAAUAUUGUGUGGUUUGUGAUGAGCCACAUGUGUUUCAAAAUGGCCCUAUGCUGAGGCCUACUGUGUGUGAACGGGAGCUGUGUGUAUUUGCUUUUCAAACCCUGGGAGUAAUGAAUGAAGCUGCUGAUGAAAUAGCAACUGGAGCCCAGGUGGUGGAUCUGCUAGUAUCAAUGUGUAGGUCUGCGUUGGAAUCUCCUCGGAAAGUGGUCAUUUUUGAACCAUACCCUUCUGUGGUGGAUCCUAAUGAUCCUCAGAUGUUGGCCUUCAAUCCCAGGAAAAAGAACUAUGAUCGAGUAAUGAAAGCACUGGAUAGUAUAACUUCUAUCAGAGAAAUGACACAAGCACCAUAUCUGGAAAUCAAGAAGCAGAUGGAUAAACAGGACCCCCUUGCUCAUCCCCUACUGCAAUGGGUUAUUUCAAGUAAUAGGUCACACAUUGUGAAACUGCCAGUUAACAGGCAAUUGAAGUUUAUGCAUACUCCACAUCAGUUCCUUCUUCUCAGCAGUCCACCAGCCAAAGAAUCCAAUUUUAGAGCUGCUAAAAAACUCUUUGGAAGCACCUUUGCAUUUCAUGGCUCACACAUUGAAAACUGGCAUUCCAUCCUGAGGAAUGGUCUGGUUGUUGCUUCUAAUACACGAUUGCAGCUCCAUGGUGCAAUGUAUGGAAGUGGAAUCUAUCUUAGUCCAAUGUCAAGCAUAUCAUUUGGUUACUCAGGGAUGAACAAGAAACAGAAGGUGUCGGCCAAGGAUGAACCAGCUUCAAGCAGUAAAAGCAGCAAUGCAUCACAGUCACAGAAAAAAGGACAGCAAUCUCAAUUCCUGCAAAGCCGUAACUUAAAAUGCAUAGCCUUAUGUGAAGUGAUCACUUCACCUGACCUGCACAAACAUGGAGAGAUAUGGGUUGUCCCCAAUACUGACCAUGUCUGCACGCGAUUCUUUUUUGUCUAUGAAGAUGGCCAAGUGGGAGAUGCAAAUAUUAAUACACAAGAAGGAGGCAUUCACAAAGAGAUCCUCCGAGUAAUUGGUAAUCAAACUGCUACUGGUUAAAGGACCUCCAUUUAAUUAACAUGAUUUGAAAGCCUUCCUCGGGUUCAAAGCUGGAUUUUGAACUGAAGAAGAUUAUAAAAUAAUUUAUUGUUAUUAUAAACAAAAUUAAUCCUUUGAAUACUGAUUUGUUUUCUUAGUAUUUCUAAGUAUCUCAUUAAAUACCUAAAGUGGUAUAUAAUUUAUCAAUUGUAGGGUUAUGGAAUCUAGUAAUAAAAUUACAAUAGCACUUAAACUGAAGUUGGGGUUGCUCACAUAAUAAACAGAUUGAAAAAAUAGUUUUGUGCUGAUAUUUUUAUAUUAAAGUCUUCAAUUGGACAUUUGGUAUUAUAUACCGACAUUUUAGGUUACCAAAAUAGAAUUGAGAACAUUUUAUAAUGGCGUCUAAAUCUAUCAGAUACUUUGCAAUAAGUAUACUAUGUUUGCACAUUCUGAUGUGCUAUAUAAUAAGUGGUAUGAGCAUUCUAAUGUUUUGGGAGGGAUGUUCUCCAUUCUCCUACUUUUUUCUUAUACAAAGGCAAUUAGGUUUUAGAAGCAGUGCUUUGCCCAAAAGUAUGUAACAUAAAUAUCUAUAGAUUCUUGCAUCAAAAUGUGUGGUUGUGAAUAUAUUUGUGUAUAUUCACACAUAUGUAUUUUGACAACAGAGAUGGCAUAGCUUCAAAAUUCUAUCUUCAUUUAAUGAAAAGAAGAUAAUAUUUAGUAAGCAGUAAAUUUGGACAUAAACCAAGAUAUGAGUCAAAUUUACCACUAUUCAUUCAUUGAAAAUAUUUGCAGACAGUUUUUCUGUUUGUCUAAAGAAAUUCAACUCUUUUAAAAUCCUAUCUAAAAGUCAUAAUUCGGGGAACAUAAAUGCCCCUGGUAGACUGAAUCUACAUUCAAAUGAGUAUAUGUUUAAAAGAAAAGCCUCAGAAUUUAAAGAAACAAUAUAUAUUUUUAUUUACUCAAUGGAACAUUUUGAAAAUUUAUUUAUACCACACCAGCAUUUUUAUAUUUGUUCAUCUAAUACCUCUGCUUAUUUUUUUUUCAUAUUGAGAAAGUACACAAACUUUGAAGCUUCUUUUAUAUUAAAAGAACACAAAUAAGUUUAUAGAUAACAACACCAGCUCUCAGCAUUUCCUUUUCAAGAGUCAUAUGCUCAUCAAAAUCAUUUCUGUAUCUUUGAGUCCUAGAGUUCUUACUCAUUUCAAGUUUUAAUUGACUGUUUAUUUUCCCACUUGAUGUCUUUGGAAUAAGGCCAUUCAUGAAAGCAGUUUAAUUAGUGAGUCUGCCACUCUAUUCAAACCCUGAAUUGAAGCUUGUAUCUGAUUUUAAUUUUAUGUAGAAAGAAAAAAUAAAAAUGUAUAGUCAUUUGCAAGUAUAAUGUGAUAACUUCUAUGUUUAUUCCUUUGUCUGGCAUAAAAGGUGAGGAAAAGGUCAUAUACAUUGUUAAGAGUUGCAGUUUAGGAAGUAUUCACUAAUAAUUUGUUUUAUUAUAUUAUAAAUAAUUGAUAUGCCACUUAUUUCUGCUAAAAUAGCUUGAAGUGGUUGGGAUAUUAAUCAUUUUGGUGGCAUUUGUUUAAAACUUUGAUCUGUUUUGACUAGUACCUCUCAAUUCAGGGCCAGACUGAGGGAUAAUAUUGUCACGGUAAGGCCAAGAUAUAUGUCCUAUUUAGUGUUUUGUGACUGCUUGUUUGAAGAUUUGGUGUAGGACAUGAGGACCACUUGCUUUUUCCUAUUAAGACCUCGCCAGUCUCCCAAAUUGCUUUAUGUUUCAAAAACCAUUUUAAACAUAAAAUUAUUCUUUAAAUUAAUUUUGUGGGUCAUUCUAUACAUGACAUAAAUAUAAAGAUAUAAUACCAGGAUUUGGGAGUGGGGAUCUUAGAACCCCACACGUUUGGCCACUAGGACCACUGAGGUACCUCGAAAAGGUUCUGUAGAGUGCCUCAAGCAUAAUUUAAAAGCCACUGGCUUACUCUAUCCUGGCUUAUUUAACAGUUGAGUGAUCUGUAAGGAAUAUAGUGUUAGAGGCUGAACUGGAAGGGUAACCUGUAGGAAUUGAGGGACUGUGUAGGGAAGGGAAAACUGGCAUUAUAAAAACUGGCAACUUAAGAAUAAAAACAUUCACCUAUCUGAGGAAGAAAAACAAUUGAUAGUUUAAUGCAUACUAAAUAUAACAGAGCAAUAAGCAUCUUUUAUGAUAAUAAAAUAAGAUGUCUUCCUAUGAUAAUUGUGUUGUAUCACAAUGCAGAAUGGCAGAUUUUGUUUCCAGAAAUUGUAGUCAGAACGUUUAUAAGCAAAUAUUCUAAGAAGAAUUAAUCUUAUCUUUUAAGUGAACUUUUUGAAAUUGAGGAUACUAUAUAUACUGAUGAUGCUUAUCUGUAUUUCUAAAGAAUCUAAUUUUAAUUAAUGCCAUUAGUAAAUGUAUGUCAUGCUUCCUCCAAGCAGGUGCUUAAAAUUUAGAGAUCUUAACAUUGUUAUCAUGCUUUGAUUCAGUCACCCAUUAAAAUAUUACCUAUUUACUUAUUUGAUGAUUCCAAACAUUUGAUAUUGUAUUGUGUUAUUAUAAUUCUUUGAAAUCUGUUCAUUGAUACUUUGUAAUAGUUAUAUUAAUUAUGUAGCUAUUGCUACUAGAUAUUUAACCCACUGAACAAAGGCAAUUAUUUUCAUUUUUUAAGUAGAGGAAGAAAAUCUUUAUUAGCUUUAUUUCCUGCAUUACUGAUUUUGUAAACAUUUUGUUAUGAAUAACCUUUCCUCUUCCACUGUAUAAAAAAAGAGAAGAAAAUGAUUAAACAUUUGGUAAGGGAAAAGUAAUAAUAUUCAAAUAAUCUAGUGUUAUAGAAUGGAUUAUUUGAAGCAUUUUUUUUUUUUUUUACCUUCAAGUGCAGUAUGUUGGAAUGACUUUUAUAUCUGUUGCUCAGUAAAUCUCAAUUAAAUGUUGGAUUUGAUGUUGGUUUUUCAAUUUAAAAUUUAAUUUUAAGAGUGCCACAUUUUUAAAGUUACUGUCAAGUACUAAGUAAUAUAAGAUACCAACCCAAGCCAUUGUUAAUGCUCUGAAUAUUUCUUAUUGAAAAAUAUGAGUUUAGAGAAGAAAUUCCUCAAUUUUUCUCCCUUUUACUAAAAAAAAAGAAUGUCUCUAAUAUGUAAGUCUAUGAAUCUUUAAGUAAUUGAAAGAAUUUUAGUAUUUGUGUAAUAAAACUACUUUUUAAACUACAACUUGCCUUAGGGCAUAGGGAUUCAGAAAGUUUUAAGGAAAAACUCAUUAUCUUUGUUAAAGAGUCUCAAUGACUUCAUCGGAGAGUAAUAUGUCAUGAAGGGACAUUCAACUUUGAACCAUCCACCAUCUAAGUAAAUACAGAUUUUUUGGUGGCAUUUGAAGCACAUUUUUAAAAUGUUAUGAUGUUCUAUUGUCUUGCUGAAUUCUUUAUUAUAAUACUACCUCAAGACAAAUGAUAGACUGUUUGUAAGGUUAAUUGGGUUUCCAAUGGAAGAAACAAAUCACAUUUUACAAAUAGAUGUCAUCAAAUAAUUCAUCAGUAAGACCAUGCUGGACAUAGCUAUUGUCAGUUCUAGACAAUGCAGUAACAUGAAUAUUUCACCCACUGGUGAUGAAUAACAUAGUUAACACCCAAUGAGUUAUAUAAAAGGGUUUCAAGUUGCAAAAUUUGAAAAUAAUUAGUUUAUUUUGAGAUUGGUUUUCCACAUGGGCCAGUUUUAUGUCCAUUCACCUAAAGCCACAAAUAAUUGCCCAUUCUAAAGAGUUAAAGGAUUAAAAUAACUACUAUGCCAGAAUGGCAAACUGAAUAUUCAAUUAUUUUGGUAUUUAACGCCCACUAAAUUUUUGUCACAUUAUAUAGAUUUGAUGUAUAUUAUCACCCAGUACAUUUUUUCUUGGGAGUUUUGUAUACAUUAUGAAAUAUUAGGAUAAGUUUUUGUAGGUCAAAAGAAUUUCAAGUAGUUUUUAGACAAAACAUAUCCAUGAGUGUGAAAAAAGCUGUGUUGAAGAAUAGAUUACAUUACACAUUUACCAGCAAGUCAGUAAAAAAUAGUGCUUAUUUACAUAGUCAAUAUAAUUUAAUGUUCUAAAAAUAAUUUCCUCAAUCUGCCCAAUAUUUAAUGUAUCAUUUGAGAUAUUAAAACAUGCAGCCACUCCUUUAUGUAAACAUUAAGAUAUGCCUAUGUUUCUUUAAUUAUACAGCCUUCUUUACAACAAAUUUCUUGGUUUUGUGCUCAGAAUAGUUUUGCGACCUGCUAUUUAGCCUUUGGUGCCUUAGAAUUAUUAUAAAUAUUUAACAGUAUGUACAUAAUGUAAAUACUGCCAAGAGAUCACUAAGGCCAAAUAUUUUCUCUAUUCAUUUUUUAUUGCUCUUGCUUUCUACUGCUACUUAAGCCUCUUUUAUCCAGCUUUGUAAUAGUUAUAACAUUGUAGCCAAUGUAAAUGUUUACUUUCAAUAAAUCUGAAUUUGUUCAACAAGUA